GAGAUCGUAACCCCAAAAUCAUCAAAGCAAAAAAUAUUAUUUUGUACACGUUAUUCUUGUCUCUUGUGUUUCAGGAAUUUUUCGUGUUCACAGGGUGGCGCAAGGGUUCAUUAAGUCAUCCGACGAAAACGAGUGUUUGGAGGAUGUUGCAUUUGAAUAUUACAAGGAAUUGUUGCGCAAAUCAUUUUUUCAAGAAGAAAAAACACAUGAGUCUGGUAUAAUAAGAACAUGUAAAAUGCACGAUCUCAUGAAUGAACUUGCAAUCUUAGUGUUGGGGGUCGGAAACGCCACAGUUGAUCUGAACCAAAAGAAUUUUCAUGAAAAACUUCGUCACAUAUCUUUCAAUUUUAAUAUUAAUUUGUUGGAAUGGGAAGUGCCGACUUCGUUGCUAAAAGCAAAUAAGAUGCGAACUUUUCUUUUUCCUUGCCAAAAGUAUUGGAUUGAUAGAGAUGGGUCAUUAUGUAAUUCGUUUUGUGCUACAAUUGUUUCAAAUUUGAAGUCAUUACGUAUGUUGAGUCUCAAUACAUUGGGAAUUACAACAUUACCUAAUUGUCUUAAAAAAGGGAAACAUUUGAGAUAUCUUGAUCUUAGUGAUAAUCCCAUGGAGAGACUUCCAGAUUGGAUAGUUGGACUUUCGAAUUUGGAAACACUAGAUCUCACAGGAUGUCGGAAGCUUGUGGAAUUGCCUAGAGACAUUAAAAAAAUGAUCAACUUAAGGCAUCUCAUCUUGGAAGGCUGUUCUCAUUUGACUCGAAUGCCACGUGGACUUGGUGAAUUGAAUGGUCUUUGUACAUUGGAUAGAUUUGUUUUUAGCAAAAGCAAUUCCUUGUUGAGGGACAGUGCUGGUCUUGGUGAACUGGGAAGGCUUAAGGAAUUAAGGAGAAAGUUAGUUAUUAGAAAUUUGGGCCACAAGAAAGAUGUGAAGUCAGAAUCAAAUGGUGGUGCACUUCUGAAGGAGAAGCAACAUCUCUGUUCGUUGUGUUUGUAUUGGAAAAAAAAAGAUGUAAACGCGGUUGAUGAGGAGGAUAUUAUAAUGUCAAUGGAAGUAUUGCAACCCCAUUCUAAUCUAAAGGAGUUGACCGUGCGGUAUUAUGGUGGUGUGAGGUUUGCGAGUUGGUUUUCUUCUCUCAUUAAUAUUGUUAAUCUCACGUUGGCUUCCUGUGAGAGAUGCCAACAUCUUCCACCCUUGGAUUAUUUCCCAUUCCUUAAGUCUCUUAAACUUGAAAGGUUGACGAAGUUGGAGUACAUAUCAGACAAUGAGAGCAGUAAUAGUAUGAAUGAUGAGAUGGUGAGGACGUCAUUCUUUCCCUCCCUGGAGAAACUCUGCAUAGAAAAUUGCCCUGUUCUGAAGGGAUGGUGGAGGGCGCACACUCAUAACUGUGCUUUUUCUUCAUCAACCGAAAAUCUGCCGUUCCCGUUGCCUUCAUUUCCCUGUCUUUCUACAUUGAGCAUCUUUUAUUGUCCUAAUCUUACUUCCAUUGCUCUGUAUCUGAAUGUGCAUACAUUAUAUCUCAAUAGACCCAGCUCGAGGGUUGUUCAUUCCUUGUUUGUUAGAGGAGCAUCUGAUAUUACACAUGAUGUUGGUGUUGAUGUUGAUGUUUCUGCCUCUUCUUCUUCUUCCCCUCACCUCUCCAAAUUAACGCAUUUGUCACUUGAUGGAAUUGAGGAUUUAGAAUGUGUAACGUCGGAAUAGAUGGGCAACCUCACAUCACUCCAAUCACUUUCCAUUCGAAAGUGCCCGAACUUGGCAUCACUACCAGAAGAAAUAAGCAAUCUGCAACAACUUCAAAUUAGUAAUUGCUAUAAUUUGGCAUCGCUGUCAGAAGGGAUUCGUGGAUUCCCUUGUUUAAAUACAUUGCAAAUUUGGGAUUGCCUGAAAGAUGCUAGAAAGAAACAGGUGAGAACUAGCCUAAGAUUGCUCACAUCCCAAAUAUUCAAAUUAUUUAAGAUGAUAUACAAUGUAGAGCAAAGAUUUCGUCGUCCACACUUUUGCUUUCUCACCCACUAACUUCAAUUUUUUUUUUUUUUUUGUCGAUGUAAUUUCCUUCUUUUCAAUUAUAUAGUCUCAUAUGCAGUGAAUGGGGUGCCAUCCUUUUUGGUUCAAUAUGUGAUGCCCAUGUUGACUGCUUUGAGUGGUUGUAUAUGAUUUUGUUUUUGAUCGUCUAGAAUUUGGUACUAUGUUCCCCCAUUGUA